AUGAAGAGCUUCACUGCCGUUGCGACGGCCGUUGCAAGCGCUGCUCUCUUUCUGAAGACCGCCUAUGCCGAUGUAGACCCCAUCGUCAUCAAAGGCUCUAAAUUCUUCUAUCAAUCCAACGGAACCCAAUUUUUUAUCAAGGGUGUCGCUUACCAACAGGACUAUUUGGGCAAUGGCACAACAUCUGGAUCGACAUCUGGCUCAGACAGCUACAUUGACCCUCUCGCCGAUACAUCCUCGUGCAAAAGAGACAUUCCUUACCUGCAAGAACUCCAAACCAAUACCAUCCGAGUCUAUGCUCUCGACCCCACUAAAGAUCACGAUGAAUGCAUGUCUAUGCUAGCAGAUGCUGGCAUCUAUGUCAUUGCUGAUCUCUCCUCCCCUGGGAACUCGAUCGUGCGCGACAGCCCGACGUGGAAUGAUGACCUAUACGACCGCUACACCUCGGUGAUUGAUGCCAUGGCCAACUACACCAACACACUGGGAUUCUUCGCAGGAAAUGAGGUUUCCAACAACAAGAGCAAUACCGAUGCCAGUGCCUUUGCCAAGGCUGCCGUCCGUGACAUGAAGGCGUACAUCAAGCAGAAGGACUACCGCACCAUCGGUGUCGGCUAUGCCACCAACGACGAUCCAGACAUCCGGGUGGACAUGGCCGACUACUUUGAUUGUGGAGACCGUGCAGAUGCCAUCGACUUCUGGGGUUACAACAUUUACUCCUGGUGCGGAAACUCCAGCUAUACUAAGUCUGGUUAUGACCAGCGCACAAAGGAAUUUUCGACCUUCAACGUGCCCGUCUUCUUUGCCGAAUAUGGCUGCAACGAAGUGCAACCUCGGACAUUCACUGAAGUGCAAGCACUGUACGGCCCUCAGAUGACCCCUGUGUGGUCGGGUGGUAUCGUCUACAUGUACUUCCAGGAAGUGAACGACUACGGUCUUGUCAGCGUGUCCGGGGACUCUGUCAGCACGUUGGCGGAUUUCAACUACUUGUCCUCGCAGAUCGCACAGAUUGACCCGACCGGAGUGAAUUCCAAGGACUACACGCCCACCAACACUGCGGCACAGGCUUGCCCCACAGUGAACUCGGAUUGGCAAGCUUCCUCUGAGCUGCCUCCUACCCCGAAUCAGCAGCUUUGUGAAUGCAUGUACAAUGCUUUGACCUGCAUCCCGGACAGAAUUCCCAGUGAUGAGAUUGGCGAUCUUUUCGGCAUAGUUUGCGGUCUGGGUCAAGGCACUUGUGAUGGCAUCAACGCCAACGCGACGGUGGGCGAAUACGGUGCCUAUGGCAUGUGCAAUCCCACACAACAGCUGGGCUGGGCUCUCAACAACUACUACGAACAGCAGGUGGCAGCCGGCAAUGGUGCUUCGGCCUGUGAUUUCUCAGGCUCAGCGAGGACACAGUCUCCCACCAGCCCGACCGGGACUUGCGCCACUUUGAUCAGCCAGGCCGGUAAUGAAGGCACUGGGACGGUCACUUCUCAGCCCAGCCGCACUGCUGGUGCUGGUUCUGGGUCAGGGUCUGGGUCUGGGUCCGGGUCCGGGUCAGGUUCCAGCGCUAGCUCUGGCUCUGGCUCUGGCUCUGGCUCUGGCUCUGGUGGCAGCAGCAGCAGCAGCUCCAGUGCAGGUAUCCCAGGUGUCUCAACCCCAAGCCACAUUGGUCUUGCGUCAGUGGCGUUGUAUCUUUCUAUUGCCUUUGUGUCCGGAGCCGGCAUGAUCUUGUUGUGA